AUGGAAUCGUUGAGUAGCAAGAAACGAGUUCGGUUCGACUCGGGCGAGUCUGAAUACAACUCCGUCAAGACGCAGAGAACCAGUGACAAUCUUCUCGAAGUUCUCGAUGAUCCGGACUCAGACCUUGACUCGUUCAUGAAGAGUUUCGAAAACGAAAUACCUAAACUUCCUGAAUCUUUCAUUGACUGUGAUUCCGUGUCCGGCGAGUCCCAGCCGGAUCUCGGAUUUCUCUUCGAGGCGUCGGAUGACGAACUCGGAUUGCCUCCUACUGACCUAACUCCGGUUGAGUCGGAGAAGAUCGGAAUUUCUGUUGAAGUCGGAGAAGUAUGGGAUCAGAUAUCUGGCUACGACUCGUUCGAAUAUGGAUUUGGUUACGCCGGCGGAGAUGCUACUGUUAGUGCCGCCUACAACGGCGGUGAAUAUGUAGCGUUAGACGGGCUGUUUGAUUAUACAGAUGUAGGUUUUAGAUCGUCGGAACCGGAACUGCCACCGCAGCCGGAAACUAUGCCGGCUCAGUGA